AUGUCCUCAAGCAAGGCAGCCAAUCGACUUCAUGCUUUAUCAAAGCAUCUGGAACCUGGUCAGAAGGAUGAGGCACUUGAAAAAUCCGAGUGGAAGGAUAUCCUUCUUGAGAUCAAUCGACGCAAACACAAGAACCGCACAGCGAAUCCUGAAGAUCAUGGCUAUAUUCGUCAAAAGACCCAGGGCAAACUUUGGGUACGGGAACGUGUCGAUGCAUUUGUUGAUCAAGAGAGUUUCCUCGAGAUUGGUGCUAUCGCUGGCAGAGCCAAAUACAACGAGGAUGGAUCCGUCAAGGAAUUUACACCCGCCAACUUCAUUGCUGGAAAAGCAACAGUGAAUAGCCGUCCUGUGAUCGUAGCUGCCGAUGACUUUUCUAUUCGCGCUGGUCAUGCUGAUGGUGCAGUAUGGGGUAAAUCGAUCAUGGCUGAGCAAAGUGCUCGUAAUCUUAAGAUACCUCUUGCGCGUCUUAUUGAUGGCAGCAGUGGUGGUGGAUCAGUGACCUUGAUGUUGGACAAUGGAUACACCUACUUGCCUCCAUUAUUGGGAAUGCAUGAUAUCAUUGCGAGCUUAUCAGAGAUUCCUGUGGUCGCUGCAGCUUUGGGACCUGCUGUCGGUCUUGGAGCGGCCCGUGCAACGUUGACCCAUUUCUCAGUGGUUGCCGAAAAUGUUGGUUCUUUAUUUGCAGCUGGUCCUCCGGUUGUUGCUAAUGCGACUUAUGAGACUGUCACAAAAAAGUCGCUUGGUGGAGCCCUUUUGCAUACAUCCAAUGGUACCUUUGAUAACCUGGCUGCCGAUGAACAAGAAUGCUUUGCACAAAUCCGCCAAUUCCUUAGCUACAUGCCCAACAACAACUUUGAACUCCCUCCACGCACCACAUCCGAUGACCCUGUAUUCCGACGUGAUGAUGAGCUUCUUAAUAUUGUCCCACGAAGACGUCAACGCAUGUACCAAGUCCGUGAUAUCUUAACCCGCGUCUUUGACAAGGGUUCUUGGUUCGAAAUUGGUGCACGUUGGGGUGAUGGUGCUGUUUGUGGUUUGGCUCGCAUCGAUGGCUAUCCUGUCGGCAUUUUGACAUUUGAUUGUACCAAGAAUGGAAGUGUGCUUACAGCUGCAAGUUGCAACAAGUUCCGCCGCCACAUUGAUCUAUGCGACACCUUUGGUAUACCCAUCAUUGACUUUGCAGACUAUGCUGGCUUUGCUGUUGGUACCAAGGCUGAAAAAGAAGCUACCAUUCGUUAUGGCUCAACGUUGACUGCAGCUUUGUACCAAUACGAUGUGCCUUAUUUCACGGUUGUUUUGAGAAAGGUGUUUGGUGUUGCAGGUGCUGCAUUUGUCGACAAUCGUGUGCCCAACAUGCGUGUGUCUUGGCCGAGCGGUGAUUGGGGAAGUUUACCACUUGAAGGUGGUAUUUAUGCUGCCUAUCGCCGUGAAUUGGAUGCUGCAGGAGAAAAACGACAAGAGUUAUACAAUAGCUUGAUGGCCCAAUUUGAAGCUGUACGCUCACCAAUCCGCACUGCCGAGAUGUUUGAUAUCCCUGAUAUUAUUGAUCCUCGUGAUACUCGACCAUUACUUUGUGAAUGGGUCAGGUCAAUGUACGACAACGUGUUGCCACACCGCGUAGCCAGAGUUAGAAUCAAUGGCCCUAGAGUACCCUACCGACCUUAG